UGUCUAUUGCCCACAUGGUGGUUGUGAGAUGAGACGAGAGUACACUUCAUGUAGCGAAUUUUUCAAUAAUUGCGAAGUGAUUUUAUUUUAUAUGUAUAGUGUAAUUCUAGUUAUUAAUGUCGUGACAGUGAAAACAAAAUGCAGUUUUAUAAGGAAAAGAAAAUCCUCAACGCCGCACAAUUAAAAAGACUCAGUGAACAUAAGUAUUCGUGUACAAGUGACAGUAUUCUUGAUGCUCUACUUCAGCCGUGGUGGUGCUGGCUGGUCUCAAAAACACCGCUUUGGCUCGCACCGAAUCUCAUUACUAUUCUAGGUUUAAUAGUUAAUAUAGUCACCACACUAAUUUUAGUAUGGUACAGUCCAGACGCGCGGCAGAAUCCACCGGGGUGGUCGUUCGCACUAUGUGCACUAGGAGUGUUCAUAUACCAGAGUCUGGACGCCAUCGAUGGCAAACAGGCGCGGCGGACAGGCAGCCAGUCGCCGCUCGGGGAGCUUUUCGACCACGGCUGCGAUAGCAUAUCUACCGUGUUCAUAGCGCUCGGCGCCUGCAUAGCAGUUAGACUUGGCGAGUAUCCCACUUGGAUGUUCUUUCAGUGCGUUUGCGCAAUGACCCUGUUCUACUGCGCACACUGGCAGGCGUACGUAACGGGUACACUGAAGAUGGGCCGUAUUGACGUCACCGAGGCCCAAUACUCUAUCAUCGCCAUACAUCUCGUCUCCGCCACGCUUGGCCCUGAUUUCUGGUCCACUCAGAUCGCAGGCGCGCUAGAAGCUCGGUACUCGCUGGCUCUCGCGGCGGUGGCCGGCUCCUUCCUCACCGUAGGCACCCUCGCCACGGCGAUCGUCGCUGGCGGCGUCGGGAAAAAUGGCUCCACCGUCGCUAUACCGAGUAUAGACACCGGUAUCAACCUACUGUCCAAUUACGGAGUGAUCGCCCUGUCCGCGUACCUUAUCGUCGGAUACGUAAAUGUCAUAAUGAAGGGCGGAGUGGGGAAAAACGGCUCCACGGUCGCUGGUACGAGCAUCCUGUCGCCUGUGAUACCGUUCUCGCUGGUCGUGGUGCCGGCGUUCAUCAUCUUCCAGAAGAGCGAGUCGCAGGUGUACGAGAACCACCCCGCCCUAUACAUACUGGCGUUCGGGAUGGUCGCCGCCAAGGUCACCAAUAGACUAGUGGUGGCUCACAUGACCAAAAGCGAGAUGGAGUACUACGACUGGUCGCUGCUGGGGCCCGCAAUGCUGUUCCUCAACCAAUACUUCAACAACGCGAUACCCGAGUACUACGUGCUCUGGUUAUGUACGGUGUGGGUGUGCGUGGACCUGGUGAGGUACUGCGGGCAGAUCUGCCUGGAGAUCUGCGAGCACCUCAAGAUCCAGCUGUUCCGCAUCCCGGCGGCCGGCGCCGCGCCGCCCGACCGCAACGGUACGGCCGCGCGCCGCCAGCCGCCGCGGCACGCCAAGCGGCCGCAGCACUCGUAGGCGGCUGCCUGCAAUCUAUGCAACCAUCUACAUUUUAAUAGAAUGAAAAUGGAAUGGUAACCCCUUCUGUGCUAACCAGUCAGCGUAUCGUAGACAAGUUGCCAUUUCAAUUUCAUUUCCCAAAAAAAAACUACAAUGAGUCGUAUUGUAUUAUAAUUAUUAUCGUGUUUACUUAUGUAUUAACUAAUUAUUCUGAUUAAUUUGGAACUUGAUAUCUAGAUGUUUUAUAACAUCUAUUUAUAUUUUGUACAUACGCACAUUAUCAAUACUACAUACAUUGUUUGAGUUGAAAUGGUUGCAUAGAUUCAUAUUUCAGUUUAGUCAAUAUAAGGGCAGUGCUGACUCUUAAACAACUACGUCAUUAAUCUACUCUGUGCUCGUAGGCACUACCGCACCAGUUACUAGGUACCAGAGUAUUCGUCUUGUAUAGAAACUGAAUCAAAUGUAUAGUGAGAGGCAUAAAGGUAGGUUUAAACUAAACGCCUGCUCAAAUGACGGCCAGUUCAUUCAAAAAUAUUCUAAAAUUGUACACUACAAGAUGUCAUUGCAGCAUUUUAAUGUUUUAUUAUCACUAGCUAAAUUAUACAUCGAGGAUUGACGUUGAACUUUAAAAAGUGUGUUUCCCUGCUCUCAAUCCAUAGACAAAGGAAGGUUCGUCACAGACUAAUUAAUUAAUAAUAAAAUAAAGGUCAUUGACACUGUAGAAAGCGGUUAUCAGUAAAUCGGUCGCAGGGCUGAGUGAUCUAAGAGCUGUUUUUUUGUUAUACGAAUUUCAACCGAAUAGUCAAGUGGGUAAAGUCAGUUUUCAAAUGUUAAUGAAUUCAAAUCUUCACCGCCACUCUAUCGGUCUUUGUUGUGUCCAUUACUAGCAAAUCCAAAACUGUUCCCCCACAAUUGUACUAACUUUAAACUGUUCUUUAACCCCUGCCAUUCACUGUUUAGGUUCCAAUUUCGUUCAAAAAAGGAAGCCCAAUGUCUAUUCUAUCUCGCUUUCUCAGUCAACUCUCAUUUCUCAACUAGUUUUUGCACUGUGUUCCCGACUUCCUUUAAAAUAGUACUAAGCCAUAAUGUAUGACGGCAAAAUUUUCGAAAGUGGUAACGCGUGGUAUCAUGGGGGAAUCCAUAAUGCUGUACAUAUAGUUACCACUUUCCAUCGGGUGUCAAUUGUUCGCUCCGAGUAAUGUAAAAAUGUUUAAAUUUCCCUUUCCCAUCCGAAGCUAAUGUGUAUUCGCUAAGCGAUCCACUCUACGGACGAAUGGAUAGAAAAAUAAAUUAAUAUUUUAUAUUAUUAGGCAAAUUUUUGAUACCUCGGAUUACAUUAUUGUAUUUUUUUAAAUAAUAUAUAGCCUGUUACUGGUUGAUAAUAUAGCUUUCUAUAUUUGAAUGAAUAUAAUGAAAGAAUUUUUAAAAUCGCCCGAGUUAUUUUUAAUUUUUUUUUUAUUACAAACAAACAGACAUAGUAAAAAAUCAAAUUUUUCCUCCUUAUAAUAUUAGUCACUUACUGUAUAAUUAUCUCUUCUCGUACAAAGAUAUCGCUGUAUAUACAUACAUACAUUGCUUAUACAUCCUCUCCGAGCUAGUAGUUAAUGUAACCAGUCAAAUUGUAUUCACAGUUACAGUCCACUAAUACCUCUGGCAACCCCAUCAGGGAUUACAGUCUUGAGCAUAUUCACUAUUAUAUAGAAAUAAUACCUAUGUAAUAUAAUAUCACUGUUCUAAAUGUAUGUAUUUGGUAUUUUUUUUUUUUUUUGUUAAAUAUGUUAUUGCGAGAUGAAUGAAUACAACAAGGUUUGCAGUAACGUAUACAUCAAUUGACUAAAUUAACAGACAAAAAUAAUCUUUAAUAGAUAGUAUAUAAGAUUAUUUUUAACUGUAGUAACAAAAAAAUAAUAAUGUAAAAAUAGUACGGGCGACAUAUAAACCUAGUAGGUGCAGUGCUAAAUCGAUAAUUAGUAAAUAUCGAUGAUCCCAGGCUUACAAGCGGUAUCGAACCCUUCAGUCUUAGGAGAGAUGUUGCCUCACUCUGCGUGUUCUACCGCCUGUACAAUGGAUUGUGCUCAGAGGCAUUGUUCAAUAUGAUACCCACAGCCACUGUCUACCAUCGUACAGUUUGCCAUCGACAGGGAGUUUAUCCUCAUGUCCUACAGCCUCAAUGGUCGCGUACUGCGCGGUUUUAGAGAUGUUUCCUCCCACGAACACUCGGGUUGUGAAAUGAGCUCCCUGCCGAGGUUUUCCCAAGAGACUACAGCAUGGGGUUUUUCGAAAGGGGGGGGGGGGGUAAAGAGGUUUCUUAAGGGUCGGCAACGCGCGUGUAUUACCUCCGGUAUUGCAGGUGUUCAUAGGCUACGAUAACCACUUACCAUCAGGUGGGCCGUAUGCUUGUUUGCCACCUCAUUGGUAUAAAAAAAAUCUUAAUAAACAAACUGCUCUCUCGCUCUCUUUUCUUGCACUGCACACGCUCGUGUAAAUGUUAUCCCAGUGUUACGAGAUGUUUCGAAAAUAUUGAUGCGAACACUGCCAUGAUGAUUCGAUUUCUUUAACCUUGGAAAGGCUUUGUUAUGCAAUAUUUUUUUUGGUAUUUUGUACCGGCUAUUCUUUAUCGAUAUAUAUAUAUAUAUAUAUAUAUAUAUAUAUAUAUAUAUAUAUAUUGAUUUUAUAUCUAAAUUUGGUCGUAGAAUUUUCGUAUAGUAACUAUUUAACGUCACAAUUUCGUAAAUGAAUAUAUUUCUGUUAUAAAACAGUGUGUAUAUACAUAUGUAAUAUAUUAUAUAUUUGACUCUUUUAUUUAUAUAUAAAUAAGCAAUUAACUUAAUUUUAAAUUAAGUUGGCAGAACAAAAAGAAAUCAUUUAACAAGUUGAUAACUAACCUCAUGAUGCAUUAAAAAAUAAUUAAAUCAAACAAUUGAACUUAACAAAUUUCGUGUAAAAGUAAAAGGUGAAAGCCUUUUUUUUUAUUUAUUAUUGUGUAUAAAAUAUAUUGGCAUUAUCAAAGUAUAUGUCUAAAAUAUAUUUCAAAUUAUUUAUUAUUAAAUAAAUUAAUUAAAUAAAGCUAUAGUUAACAGAAUAUGUCAGUGUUUCAAAACACUACAAACAGUCAGUGGGUAAAUUAUACUUAUUGUAUAAAACUUAUUAAAUAAUGUAAAUCAUAUUGCAGUUGCCAAACUCUUAAAGUAUUCUAAUGUAUGAUUCAAACUUCAUCAGUUUUCAUUUAAAUUGGCUUCAAUACAAAAACCAAACAAAUAUAACAAAAACGGAUAUACUCUCUCUUUCUCUCUCUAAAUUGUAAAUAAACCACUUCCAAACAGGAAUAAAUAUUAAUGACCAAAUCUGCCAACUCAAUAGAUAUAAUGUAGCGUAUUAAAGCGUCCAAAUGUAAAUAAGUUAUUUAUUAUAUAUGCGAGAGAGAUAUGUCGACAGCACAUGGAAUGAGUCAGCUACAAAAGUCUAUUAACGCCAUCUGUAUUUUUAAAACACUUGUACAUCGUUGCGUUAGUGAAUUGUGGCAAUAUAUCUACCUAAUUUUGACUUUUUAACAUGUCCUCCCAAUUGUAGAGUUUAUCUUCUAAACCUUUUCCCUUUACAAUACAAUAUUAGGAAUGUAAAAAAAACGUGCCUACAAACAAAAGUCGUUUGCUUGGGUACCUCUGUCCCAUUCGUGUUUCUACCGUGAAGCAGUUGUGUUUGCAUGACUGUGUUUCGGUUUGACGGGUGGGAUAUGGCGUGAAUUUACUGGGUAUAGAGGAAUAACACCCGAGUCCUCAGGAAUGGCAACGCAUGGGGGGUAUCAUGGGCGAAACAGUAUACUCUGUUAUGUCCAUGGUACUGUUCAUGUCUAUAGGCGACGGUUACCACUUUCCAUCAGGUGGGCCAUCAGCUUGUUUGCCAUUCUAAGUCGCAUAAAAAAGGCCAGCAACGCACAAGCAACUUCUCUUAUGUUGCAGCUGUUCAUAGGCGACGGUAGCCGUUGACCAUCAGUUGUACCAACUGCUCGUUUGCUUCCCUAACAAUAAAAAAAACCAUUUAUUCUUGUAACGAUAUUACGGAGUUUUAAAAAUCUGGAUCUGUUAAUUAACUUCUUAUGCUAACCUUUUAUAUAAACAAUAUACUCUCUUAUGUCUUUGGCACUGCUCAUGUCUAUGGGCGACGGUUACCACUUUCCAUCAGGUGGGCCGUUAGCUUGUUUGCCAUUCUAAGUUGUAUAAAAAAAAAAUGUGAUUGGAAUGGUAAUCUUUAGUAGCCAGGUUACAGUGUUGCUAUUUAUAAAUAAUUUAAUACCACAUAAUCACAUUAAUCUAAUAUAAACGCAUACCGUAUAUUGUUUUAGAUCGUGUACAGAUUACGAGAUAUUAUGAGAUAUAAACAAGGGGCGUCAGUAAGUGACGUACAGACAGCUAGUUAUGAGUGUUCUUCUUCCCGACGAGAUGCUAAGCUCGGUUGAUGCUGUACAGAGCUCUUUAAUGUAGUGUACAGAUUCCUGUGAGGUUAUUGAUGUAUGAAGGAAGGGGGAGGAUGACUCAUUUCAAACAGGCAACACUGGCGUUUCUAGUUACUUCCCAGCAAAUCGAGCCUACUUUUUUUUAUUUAUAAUUACACUACAGAAAAAAUAUUAUCAUUUGGCCAAUUUAGCAAUAUUAUGCCUCACGUAGUCGCCAUCUGUCGUGUUGUAAAUUUAACCACAAACUUGUGAUCUUUCAAUUCAGUAGGUCUACACAAUUUUGUUUUUUUUUUGAUGGGUGAAAAUAGUAUGGCAACCCCGCCUGCGCUAACGGAAUACGCUGGCGGAGCACCAGUGAAGGGUGAUAGAUGAGAAUGAAAACAGGCCAGUUAGCCCAUCAUGAUGAAUUCAUCAGGAAUUAACCAUGAUAGUUUCCAGGGGGAACCGCGAGGAGGUCGACCUGGUUGGGUAUAUUGCUAGCAAUGGGAUUCUUAGUCUCCAUUACUAACAAUCCCUUUCCCCUCCACAAUUUUGGUUAUAGACUGUGUUAAUAUUAAUUUGAAGAAAAAUCUCAUUAUAGGACAGUUUUAUAUAUUGUAACUAAUAUAUUUUAGACAGGCAGUCUCCCCUUGCCCGGUACAUUAUCCACACCCUCGUUGAUGUCUUACCGCUUACGCCGCCCCCCCCCCCCCCCCCCCUAUUUGCCAGCAACUGUCAUGUUUGAAGUAGACAAGUUAUAAACGCUAACACGUAAUUGUACAUAUUAAACUGAAUGUUUUCAGUUGCAAUUAAAAAUAUAUGUAAAUUAAUAUAUUCGUUUUCUAGAUAGUAUAGACUUGUCACACGAAAACUUUUCUUUCUCAUCGGUUAUUGGUUCUCCGAGAUAUAUUGCUAAGCUAUUGCUAGUUCAGUUCACUUAUUCUACAGGCUAUAUCGGUCGCUUUGUUUCUUCUACGAAUGUACUUAUUACAUUUUAUUACUCAGUAAAACUGUACAGUGUUCUCCAGAGCUCGCUGAGCUACUUGGAUCUUUUGCUUACGACCAGUGUAUAAACCAAAUAUCUGUCCCAUAACUCAUCGCUUACAUUGCGAACAAAAGAGAUAAAGCCCAGUACCGUAUAUGUUAGAGUGAGAUAGAUAGCCGCGACAAUCACCCUACACGUGAACGGCCCGUAAUGGAUUGUAAUCAGUUAUUAGAUUUUGAUGUAUAAUUGGUUGUUUAAGUAAUACUUAAUUAUGAUUCAACGUGCAGUAUAUAUAUAUAUAUAUAUAUAUAUAUAUAUAUAUAUAUAUAUAUAUAUAUAUAUAUAUAUAUAUAUAUAUAUAUAUAUAUAUAUAUAUAUAUAUAUAUAUAUAUUACAAAUUAUGGUAAUUUGUUUCGUCAUGUAAAUCAUUCGGUUAUGACUUUGCUUGAUGUUGGUUAUAGCUCAUGUAAAGUACUAAUACUUAUGCCAUCUUAUUCAAUUGUUAAUAUGUAGAUAGGUUAUUAAAUUUAUAUAAUAUAAUAUAAUACAAUACUUAAUAGUGAAAUCAGCUAUGUGUGAUUAUUUUAACAUUUCCACACUGAAAUGAAAUUUCUGUGAAAUGUAAAAAAAGGCUAGAUUACGUUACGUAGAUGGCGGUAGUGUGCUAGACCGUUAUUUUAAUAGUUAAAUUUUGAUGUUUACACAGCUCUAGUGCAUGUGUUAAAAUGCUAAAUAGAAAAAAAUAAACGUAACGUUUGUAAUUUAUUAAACUCUAGCGAUAAGUUUUGCAUCUCUAUAAGAACUGGUUUGAGCUUCAAGAGAAAUGUUUUGCUGUUUGUGUAAAUAUUAUGUUUUUAAUUGUAUUUUGUAGGUGCAUUGCUUCAAAAAUAUAUAAGAAGUAAAUUCGGUUUUUUGGUCACACUAUUUUAGGGUCGAAAUUUUUGAAAUUUACUCGAAUGUCAACAUUCUGAUUUAUUUUAAAAUAAGAAAUAGACUUAAUUUAUGUGAUUAUGCACACAGAAUUAAAUUAUUAUUAAUUUAUACAUUUUUUAAAAAAAAAAAAGUAUCAAAGGACGACUGGGGUCAUUGCGUCCUCUUUGUUCAGUCCUUAUUGUUAUUCACUUGAAGCUCGAAACGGUGUAAACUAUCUUCAACUUGGUGUUGGCUGCAACUAACUUUCUCUCUAUCUAUACAUACUAUCAUUGCACCGUUCGUAUUCUUGUCAUCGGGAGAAUAGAGCGACCAUAGGUAGCUUGCCAUUAAUAACGUAAAGUACUUAUUGGCUAAUGGUGAUUGUACAUAAGACGAGAUGAGAGCGGACAUAAUUUAAAACCUGUCAAAAACACGUGCGGUGCUCUUACAGGAUAGAAAUUAACGGGAAAUGGACAGUCACCCUUAGACAAGGUAAUAACAGAUUUAUCGACAGAUACACUAUCGCUGCCACUUGCGUGAGACAGAACGAGACAACAAUAUCUGGUGUGUUAUUCCUUCCCACGCGUGCUUUAAUGAAAACUUGUCUAAGGGUGUACUUUUUUCGUCGCUUCGUUUUGUAUAUUUAUCCAACAUCUUGCCUUUUCUCCCGCGCCCUUGCAAGGAGUGCCGCUCAUAUGGUUGACGGAAUAUAGUAUUUGGAUGGAAACAGAGGCGUCAUACUUUAAAAAUUAUUUCUUAAAUUGAAAUUUUGAUUUGAUAGUUUAGCGAAAAUAUAAGGUUACUGACUACGAAGCCAAGUGUUUCACAAUCGCUGAAAUUAUCAAUUAAAUUUAUAUUGAUUCAUAAAUUAAUAAUUUCGCUAUGCUAUUUAACUAAAAUUCUAGUUAAUAAUACGUGAAAAUCAAUACUUUUUUACUCUAAUCUCGAGAAAAAAGUUAUACCUCUGUCCCUCCGUCUCUCUCAUCACCGCAUACACUAAGCCCGUGGUACAAUAAUAGUGGUGCCCUCAGGUUGUUACGUCGUGUAUUCGCGAAAGAUAUGGAGAUUUUUUAUUUAGAACAUGUAUGGUAGAAGAUGCCAAUGCAUUAUAUCACUUAGGGCCAUAGUGCUAAGAUUGUAAAUAAUAAUACGUGUAAAACAAGGGAUGUCACACACGAGCAAACCGUCUGUGGUGUAUGCGUGACGUGUAUUUUUUAUGGAUGUGAAAAAUAUAAGCAGUUGUACAUUUUC